AUGACAUGUUCAAAACAAAAUGAUAAAAUUUCAAGCAAAUCCUGUAAAUAUGAUAUUGAAUGUGAUAAAAAUGCGAUAAUUAAAUGUGAAGGAUGUGAAGAAAUGUUUUGUGAAGAUCAUUAUUCAAAACAUGAAAAUAAAAUUGCAGAAGAUAUUGAAUAUUUAAUUUCAAAACAAAAUAUUUUUAAUGAACAAUUAAAAUUAUUUUUAUCAAAAUUAUCAGCAAAUGAUAUUUUAAAUUUAAUUAAAUAUAUUUAUCAAUUUAAAAUUAAAUCAGAUUUUAUUGAAAAACAAAUUUUAUCAAUUAAAAAUCAAUAUGAAACGAUUUUUAAUGAGAAGAAAUCAAAUCAUGAAAAUAAUCAAAUUGAAAAUGAGAAUUUUUAUAAUAUUGAAGAUUUUAUUCAAGCGAUUAAAAAAGAUCUACAAAUUAUUUUUACAAAAUUUCAACAAAUUAGUGCUUUCAAUUCCAAAGAUUUAUUAGAAAAACAAACAGAUAAUCAAAAUUUAUCUCAAAAACAAACAAGUCAUUUACAAUAUCUUGUUAAAAAUUCAUUAAAUCAUUCACAAUCAUCAUCGAAUGAACUUCAAAAACAAAUCAGUUCACCUCCAGUAGAUUCAAAUAAAGAUCAACAUUUUUCAGAUGAUUCUGAUAAUGAAUUUUAUUCGGUAGAAGAAGAAGAAGACGAAGAUGAUGAUGAUGAUGAUGGAAUUAAAAAAAGUAGUGAUUCUAUUAAAUCACCAGUAGCUAAUUCAAAAAUUCGUCUUUCAAAUAAUAUUGUUCGUUGGUUACGUGGUCCAUUUAAAUUAGUAGUUAAUGGUACAAUGCAUGCAGUUGAUGUAUGUGCACAAGGUACACAUAUUAGUGAGAAUGUUUUAAAAGCUGUUAAACGAGGUUUAGAAAAACAAUCAAAUAAUAAUAAUAGAACUUAUGUUGAUAUUAAUUCUGAUUGGAUCUAUGAAGGUGAAAAUACUGAUCGAGGUUUUACUAGUCCAUCAAUAUGGAUGAAAAAUCCUUUGGGUGAAAGAGUUUUAAUAAAAAUUCAAGAACAUCCAUUAUGUGCUGCAAAUGAAUGGAUUGCUUAUGUUUUAGGAGAUUUACUUAAUUUACCUGUUAAUCAAGUUCAAAUUGGAAUUUAUAAAAAUGAAUUAGUUAGUGUACAUAAAGAUGUGGCAUUAGAAAAUGAAAAAACUCUUACAUAUAUGGAUUUACCUAAAGAUAUUCGAAAAUUAUUAUUAUCUGAUUCACGAUUAGAAUGUAUGGAUUUAUUUGAUCAUAUUAUACAAAAUGUUGAUAGAAAUCAAAGAAAUAUUUUAAUAACAUUACCAAAAACAGAUGAAAUUAGUGAUGAUUUAAAAAAAUUUAAAAUACAUUUAAUUGAUCAUUCAUCUUGUUUUGGAAUGGGUAAACUUAAUGGUCUUAGUGUUGUUGCUUGUAAAUUUCAUAGUAAUCAUUUAUCUGUUGUCAAAUUUCAUCCAACAGAACAAGCAAAAAAAUUUCAACAAUAUCUUAAUAAACUUACAACAAUUGAUAAAAAUUUAAUUAAAAAAACAUUAAAUCGUUUUGCAUCAAUUACAAAUGAACAAUUUGAUAAUUGGAUUACUGAAAUACAAGAUCUUCUUUCAUCUAGUCAAUAUAAUAGAAUACAUAAUGUUUUAUAUAGACAAAGAGAUAUUACAAGAAAUUAUACGAUACAAUUGGGAAUUUUUAAAAAUUCUUUAACUCACAAAUCGAAUCAAAUGGAUAAAUUAAAUUCUGAAACAGAUCAAACAGUUACUUAUUUCUAA